ACUAUCAUCAAAAUAGUUUAACUGAUUUGAACCACAAUUGAGUCAACCAAGUCAAUUGUACAAUCACACCACCAGUUGAUCAGGUAUUACUAUCAUUACAUCUUAACAUUGACGCCACCAUUCAUGUAUAGUGGAUUUUAAUUAGUCAAUAUUUUAUCUCAAUCAGUGUCUGUCCCACACCCUCAUACACACAGUAUUAUUAGCCAAACACAUUAGAAAGCUUUUACAAACAACAAGUAUCAUCAUCAUUCAUAUAGAGUUCAAGCUUAGUUCAUAUUUCUGGUAAUUUACCAUUCUGCAUAUAUUUUAUAAUAAUCAAAAAGUUAAUGAAUAUACCAUUAAAGGCGGAACCCAAAGUUUCCACCAUCAAUAUAUUGGAUGAUUCAAAGUUUCAACUAGAUGAUGAUAAAGGGACUACUCCAAAGCAAAGCAUCUCCAAUACCACCGAUAAUAGCAGUGGAACCUACGAAACUGAUCAUAGCAUUGAAUCCUAUCAACCAGGCUCUAGCAAUAGGUUAGAUCAAACUAGUUCAUUUGGAUCACACCUCCUUAAAUUAAGACAAAAAAUCGACCCUAAUCAAAGACAAGAACUGUUACCUCCUCCUACUAAGGAAAUCACCAAUUAUCGUGCAUUAAGAAGAUAUUCUGAAACUGAAAAGAACAAUUUCGAUGAAACUACAGGUCAUAGAUUAUAUGAUGAUGGGAAAAUUAGACCUCAAGUUCCUAGAACUGAAAAUCCUAAUCAUGAUUUUAAUCGAUUUAAUACAUUCACUUCAUUAAAUAAAGUAAAUGAAGAUAGUAAUCAAACAAGUAAUAGAACUAGUAGAGCCCAGAGUCCUACUAAAAUAUAUUCCCGAUCUCAUGAUGAACUUAUUGAUACUGGUGAUGCAGAUUAUGUGGUGGGAUUAGAAGAUGAAUAUAUUCCAGGAUUAGAUUUUGCUGAUUUGAUCUAUAGAUGGAAUAAAAACGUCAGUGAUCAAAAUCUAAUUGAAAAUGCAUCUUCAAAUCAAUAUGAUAUUAAAAAUGAAAAUUUAAUUCAUUCAAAUACUACUAGUCAUACUUCAACUCCUCAAAGUCGUGAAGCUUCAUAUUUAGAUUUAAAUCAAUUACAUGCUAAGGUUGCUCCUCAACCAAUUAGAUCGAAUCAAUCUAAUCCAGGUAAAUUCUCAUAUUCAAAAUUACAUGAUUUUAUGAAAUCAAGAGGUACUACUGCUGGAGGUACCGUAUCUAAUAAUUCCCAUUCAAAUUCAAAUUCAACCACAGGUUUAAAUAUAAUUAACGAAGGUGCUUUAACUAUACCGUCAAAUAUUGAAAUCAAACCCAAAAAACCAGGUCACAAUCAUAAUAAUAAUGGUGAAGAUGAUCAUAAGCCUAAGAGACAAAAAUCAGACUUACCUGAUGAAAUCAAUUAUGAAUGGAUUUUAAAUAGUUUACCUCAGAAUUUUAAUGAUUUACCUUAUUCACAACGGAAGAAAUUAGUUCGUUCAUUUUCAGAAUCAAUUGAUUAUUCUCAAUUCUCAUUAUUUGCUAAGAAUUAUCUUAAUGAUAAAUUUGGUAGUUCCAAUAGUUCAGGUAAAACAAAUAGAAGUGGUGGUAAUGGUGGAGGAAUCAAUUCGGGGAAUAAUAGUUUUGUUAGAAGAUCAAGAAUGGGUAGUGUCAGCACGGUUGCUGAAAGAUUAUUAGCUAGAACUUCUACCAAUGAUUUAAAACAACUCGAUAGUAAAGUACCAAGAGUUAAUGUGGAUGAAAAAGGUGCUAUUGUCAUGAAUCAUGAAUUAGGUAAAAUCAUCGGUUUCGGUGCAUUUGGAGUAAUUCGAGAAUGUGUGGAUAAUUUUGGUACCGUUAGAGCCAUUAAGAUUGUGAAAUCAACUCGUGAUAUGGAUUCAUCUCCUUCAAGAACUUCAUCUCCUAGUAGAGCUGACUUAAGGAAGAAUAAACCCAAUGCCAAAGUUUUGGAAGUAUUUAAGAAGGAAAUAGCUAUUUGGAAACAAUUACAUCAUGAGAAUAUCCUACCAUUAUUAAAAUAUCUUGAAACUGAACAUGCCAUAUUUUGUAUUACUAAUAGAAUUUACGGUGGUACUCUUUUUGAAUUAGUUUCCAGUUGGGGUUUAUAUAGCGGUGGAAUAAUGAAUACGACAGGUCCAUUAGAGUUUUCCAUCGAAGGUCAAAUGGAUAGAUUAAUGAAAGUUAUUCGUUGUACGGCUCAAAUUGUGAAAGCUUUAUUAUACAUGCAUGAAAUGAAGGGGAUUGUUCAUGGAGAUAUGAAAUUAGAGAAUGUUUUAGUGGAAUCUGAAGAAAAAGAUGGGGAAUAUAAAAUGAUUCUUUGUGAUUUUGGAAUGUCAAGAGUUUAUACUUCAAGAUUAAGUAGAAAAUCUUCGGCUCGAUACUUACCAAAUCCAAUAUCUCCACUUUUGGUUGAUGAAGAAACUUUAAUGAUGAGAAGUAGAUCAUCUAAUACUGAAACUAGAAAACCAUAUCAAGGUGGCGAUUCGGCUAGUACGAGGAAUCUCAAAGUUCAAGAUGAUUCUAGACUUGGUAUUUCUCAAUUAUUUAAAUCACUUGGUCCAUCAUUACAAUCAGUUGAUUUAACUCCAACUCAUUCAGGAUUAUUUAAUUCAAAAUUAGAAGUCAGACCGAUUAAUAACAGUAAUGAAGGGAUUGAUUCAGAAUUACCUCAUUCACAUAUAGGUUCAUUGCCUUAUGCUUCCCCUGAAUUAUUAUCACCUUCACCACCUCCAUUAGGACCACUGGCAGAUGUUUGGGCAUUGGGAGUAUUAAUUUAUACUAUGUGUGUGGGGAAAUUACCAUUUCAACAUCAAUAUGAACCAAGAUUACGAGCUAUGAUUACGGCGGGUAAAUAUAAUAAAGAUGAUUUAAAAAAGGCAUGUUUAUUAGAAUGGAUAUUUAAAGAGAAAACCGAUGAUGAUAGUAAAUCGGAUAAUAAUAAAGAUGUAUUACCAGCAAGUUUAAUGAUUCAAUCACCUUCAUUGAUUGAUCUUAAACGUCAACAAGAAUUACAAGUCUUACAAAAGGCAUGGUUAGAAUAUAAGGAUACAAGGGAAUUUGAAUGGUUAUAUAAUAUUAUAACAGGAUGUUUAGAAAAGGAUAUUACAAAAAGAUGGGAUAUGGAAAUGAUUUAUGAAUCAUUUUGUCGUAAUAGUGGAGAAAUUGAAAGAAUGAGUACAGCAUAAGCUAAAGUUCAUUCGUUCACAUAUUAUUUUUUUAUUUAAAUUUGGCAUAUGUAUUAUUAUACUCUCUCCUCAAAUUUAAUUUUUAAUGAAAUGUACGAAAUUUUAAUAAAUUUUAUU